AGUUGCUGUGUUCUGGGGUUGGGGAGUGUCUUCCUUCCUAAACCGUGUCUUAUCGUACCGGGUGGACAGCAGUGCCCUUUGACUUACGUCAUCUAGCUAUCUCUACUAUCCUCUACCAGCCGCAGCUCCGAGGGCUGGAGCCAACUUGAGGACCCACUGAUCAUGACUUCUAUAAAGGAGCAGGCAGCAAUUAGCCGGCUCUUGAGUUUUUUACAGGAUUGGGACAAUGCUGGCAAAGUCGCAAGGAGUCACAUCCUCAACAAUUUCAUUGAAACCAACCAAGGCAAGACUGCCCCUGAGCUGGAACAGGAGUUUUCCCAGGGAGCCAGCUUGUUCCUGGUCCGCUUGACCACCUGGCUUAGACUCACCUACAUGACUGGCUCACGUUUAGAUAAGCUGCUCAGGUCCAUUGGCAUCUUCUUAUCAGCUGUAAGCAGUAAUCGAUAUCUCAUAGAAUUUCUUGAGGUUGGAGGGGCCCUAACACUCUUGGAAAUACUUGCACUGAAGAAGAUCAAGGAGGAGGACAAGAAGGAAUCCAUCAAGCUACUUCAGGUUAUCGCAAACUCUGGCAGGAAGUACAAGGAGCUCAUCUGUGAAAGCUAUGGUGUACGAUCCAUAGCAGAAUUCUUGGCAAAGUCUAAGUCAGAAGAGACCCAGGAAGAAGUGCAGGUUCUGUUGGAUUCUUUGGUCCACAGUAAUCCCAAGUACCAGAAUCAAGUGUACAAAGGUCUAAUAGCUUUGCUGCCCUGUGCGUCCCCGAAAGCGCAGCAGCUGUCCCUGCAGACUCUCAGGACUGCCCAGUCGAUCAUCGGGACAACACACCCCGGCAUUGUGGACUGCGUGCUGAAGGUGCUGCGCACUAUGCACCUGGAAGUCCAGUAUGAAGCCAUCGAGCUAAUCAAAGAUCUGGUCAACUACGACGUGUGCCCGGCGCUGCUCAAGGGCCUCGUGGCGCUGCUGAAACCGUCCUUCAAGGAGACCAGCAAACAGCAGUCCCAGAUCGUCAGCGACGCUUCGGUUCUACAGCUCACCGCCCACCUGCCGUGGUUCUUGCAGCAGGCCGCGGCCGCCAAGGCCAUCGGGAUCCUGGCGCGAGGAAACACGAGCCUGGCCGAGGAGAUGCUGCACCUGCGUGUGGUGCACAGCCUCAUGGCCGCCAUGGGCAACAUGGACCACAGCAACAGCCAGCGGCAGGCCAGCCUCACGCUAGAGUACUUUGUGCAGUUAUUCCCAGGGGUGCAGGAGCACGUGCGCAGGUCCAUGGGGGAGGAACUCUACAAGCUCUUCCGUGGCAACGCCGAGGACCUGUACAGGAAAAUAGAUAGCAUUCAGGCGGACAUCUUGGUGGCCAACGAAGUCAAUGUCACCAAAGAGCUGUAUCUCAGUGGCCUCUCCGACAGCACCAUGAGCUUUCACUUUGGCCACUGUAAUCAGGGUCAGGUGGCCUACAUCACACACUUCCAGAAGGAGGCUGUGGGAGAAAAGGAGCAACAGAGCCUCCAAG